AUGGUUCGCUUCCAGCAUUUUGAGGUUGAGCGGUGGAUGGAGGCCUAUGAAUUUACCCCCGGAGUCCUUAACAUUGCUGAGACAUGUGUUGAGUCCGUCUCCAUCGAUCAAUUGGCCCAGCUAUCCGGAGGCAAGGGUGAGCUUCCGCCACGAACCAGCACUGUGCUCAUAUAUGGGGCAAUCCGCGGGUCAUCGGCGUUGAGGGAAACCAUCGCGACUCUCUACGAAGGGGAUCAGAUAGCACCCGAGAAUGUCAUCAUCACUCAGGGCGCUAUAGCGGCCAACUUCUUGGCCUUUUAUAGCUUGAUCGAACCUGGGGACCAUGUCAUCUGCGUGUAUCCCACGUAUCAGCAGCUCUACUCAGUGCCCGAGAGCCUUGGAGCAGAGGUUUCGCUUUGGCGCUUGAAGCCUGAGCAGGGCUUCGUACCUGACAUGGAUGAGCUGGAGAGGCUCGCCAAAGCAAACACAAAGGUCCGUACUGUAACACCCAGUUGUGUGGCAUCCAUUCAUUUGGUUUCAUUAGAGUCCUCGUCGCUAACCCCACAACUCAAGAUGAUUGUCAUUAACAACCCCAACAACCCUACCGGGGUGCCCAUCCCCCGAGAUGUCGUUUAUAAAAUUGUGGACUUUGCCAAGGCCAGGGGGAUCAUGAUCCUGUCCGACGAGGUCUAUCGGCCGUUAUUUCACGACGGACUGGAAGACAACGCAGACAUGCCUCCGUCGGUGGCAGACUUGGGCUAUGAUAAAGCCAUUGUCACCGGAUCUCUGUCCAAAGCUUACUCUCUAGGCGGUAUCCGGGUGGGCUGGAUUGCGUCAGGCGACAAGGCCAUUGUCGAGAGACUGGUUGAGGCGCGACACUACGUGACAAUCAGCGUGUCGCAGCUCGACGACCAGGUGGCAAGCUAUGCGCUUUCCCCGGCCGUGCGCGGAGCACUCAUGAAGCGGAAUAUCCGGCAGGCAAAGCACAACGCCGACAUGCUCGCGGCGUUUGUAGAGGCGCACUCGUCGGUCUGUUCGUGGGUGGCGCCAACCGCGGGAACGACGGCAUUCAUCCAGUUCCAUGUGGGCGGCAAGCCGGUGGAUGAUGCGGCCUUUUGCCGCGACGUGCUGGACAAGACCAAAGUGCUCCUGGUGCCCGGAUCGCGCUGCUUCGGACACGACGAGGACUUUGCGGGCUAUGUUCGAGUUGGCUUUGUUGGAUCUACAGCGGUGUUGGCAGAAGCGCUGCAGAAACUGGGGGUCUAUGUGCAGCAGCAUCUGGGCCAAUGA